GACCCGUUGGGUUGGUGGCAAGUGACAAGAGUAAAAAAUAUUUGACGUUUAUAAAUAAAAAUAAAUUGCACAUUUUUGCCCCAAAACAUGUAAAAAAAUGCAAAUUUUGAAUAAACGUCGCUUUAAUUUAGUUACGUAAACUCGGGGUUUGUUACCACCGUGCUUCGAUUGAUCAAAAUGCCAAAACCUGGAAUUAGUGCAAUAUGGAGUUAAAAGUUUGGGUCGAGGGAAUCCAACGGAUAGUGUGUGGGGUGACUGAGACGACAACGUGUCAGGAUGUAGUGUUUGCUUUAGCUCACGCCACGGGUAAGUCAGGCCGAUUCACACUUAUCGAACGGUGGAGGAACAACGAACGACAGUUGGCCCCCAAUGAAAACCCCCUCAAGAUUUUGAUGAAAUGGGGUGAGUACUCAAACGACGUCCAAUUCAUCCUCCAAUGGAGCGAAAGCAAACCCAUGACACCAACAACCAAACCAAAAACAUCAUCAUCAUCAGCUAAUAUCAUAGUGGAAUCACCACAAAAACACACCGAGAAGUCACAAGUAGGCGUUGUGAAAGGUGUACCGCAUGUAAAAACACUACAAGUGCGCGAAUCUCAAAAUUCACCCAAAAAAUCCGAAUCUCCUAGUCAUAGAAUCCACCCACCGGCACCGCCCCCUUACCGCGAUCCGCCGCCCCCCAAAAAAAAUAUCCUACAAGAGUCAAACAAAACACACAAAUUACAGGAGUCUGUACUCUACAAUGCCCAGUAUAGGGAAUUAAUCGCGCUUAUUAAUUACCAGAGGGAGAAAUUGUCCAAUCAGCAAGCAGACCUAACAAAGUUUGAUGCCGAAAUUGUGUUUUGGGAGAGUAAAGAACGGGAAAAACAAAUGCAAUUAGAAUACAUUUCGCAGGAAAUUCUCGCAAUGACUAAUGCUACGAAAUUAAAUCAAGACCAGAUUCAGGCAUUGCAUUACAUUGAGGAAGAAUGCGAAAUAGUGAAACAGCAAGAGAAAACGCUCAAAUCCGAAAUAACUCUCUUGAGAUCAAAGCUUGCAAAUUGCGAAACUGAACUUUUGCAGUGCAAAAAUAAAAUUCGUUUAGUAAUGGACGAGUUACAAAUCGAACAAAGAGCUUUAUCGCGUCGUUCUGAAUCACGCAAACAAAUGGAAAAAAGUCUCCUAGUCGAAAUGGAGCGGUUACAGAGAGAUAUCGAGUUGGCAAAACAGAGCACUGAAUUGCAUCACCUGACUGCCGAAACGCUCAAAAAAGAAGUUGCCGCACUUGAGACGGCAAUAAUCGAAAAGAAAAAACAAGUGGAAUUGCUUGUGACUGAAAUGAAAGAGGCGAAUUUACAAAGUUUGACUAUAGCGCCACCUGAGGAUUUACGAGCGAUUUUGGAAGGUCCUAAUAAGGGAAGUACCCGAAAAAUGAUUGGUUCGCCUCGACAAUUGGAAAAUGCUGUACCAACCAAUAAAAACCCGCAUGGAGUUUGGGUCUAAUAAAAUUGUAGUCAUUUUGUUUAGCUUACCUCAGUCUAGGCGUGUUUGAUUUUCAAGUCUGAUAGUUUGUAUUGACGCCAUUUUAAAUUAUAAAAAGUGUUAUUUAUUGUUAGGUGAUUGGAUGAUUUUUUACUUACACAUUUUUGUUACUUUAUUUUAUUUUACACUGCCAUAUUGUGUGUAGUUGCAUCACACAGGAUUAUGAUAAAGAAAUGAUGUUAGAUAUAUUUAUUAUUUUAAAAUAUUAAAAUUAUAUUUAAUUGCUAUGUCGGAAAUGUAAAAUACACACAAAAAUAUUAAA